AUGGCCGCCAGCAACCUCCACCCAUCUGUGGCAUCCUCCAAGACAUCCCAUGGAUUUCAGAGCAAAGUGGUGGCACCUCGUAAUCCCAAGCUGGUCAAAGAGGCAGAAAAGUCUGUAACUCUCACUCCCUCUGCCUUCCUGAAGGAGAUGUCCCUCACCACAGAGCAGAGGCUGGCUGGCACUCAUGAGAUGAGGCGGCCCCGCAUCAUCCAGCUUCUGGACAUGAGUGAGACUUCGCAUCAGAAGUUCUCAGCGCUCGACCUCGAGCAGAGCUUGUUCCAGCCGUUCCCCUCGGAGGUGGUGUUUCAGAACUACGUCCCCUGCGAGGUCUACGAAGUGCCGCUGGUUCUGAGGAACAACGACAAGAUUCCUCGGCUGGUGAAGGUCGUCUUGGAGAGUUCUCCUUAUUUCAAGUUGAUCAGCCCCAAUGAUGUGUGUCAUAAGGUAGCACCUGGCAUGCCCUCAACUUUCCGCAUACUUUUCACUCCCGAGGAGAACAAGGAUUACUUCCACCAGGUCACCUGCAUCACAGAACGGGAGAAGUUCAUUGUGCCCAUCCGAGCUAUUGGUGCCCGAGCCAUCCUGGACUUCCCUGACCAGCUGAGCUUCUCCAUGUGCCCGGUGAAGCACCUCACCUCGAGAACGCUGCUGGUUCGCAACGUGGGCAACAGAGAGGCUCGCUACUGCGCCCGCACUCGGAGCCCUUUCUCUGUCACUCCCUCCGUUGGGACGCUGGGGAUUGGUGACACCAUGCAAGUAACAGUGGAGUUUCACCCGCUGGAGCCCGGAGAUCAUUCCAGAGCCCUCAUAGUCCACUACGACACAGGUGAGGACAUCCAUACAAGCCUUUACGGAGCAGCUGUAGAUGUCAACAUCAGUCUGGACAAGAACUCCUUGCUAAUGGAGAGAACUUACCUCACGUUGGCCAGCCACAGAGCUGUGCUCAUUCACAACAGGAGCGAAAUCAUAGCCCACUUCCAGUGGAAGGCUUUUGCUACGCGGGAAGAGGAGGAUCGGCAGAAAACGAGGCUGUGUGGCAGGCUGCAGAGGCAGGAGGAGGGCGAGACGGAUCGCUUUCUUGAGGAGUGCAGCGUGGACCCCGCUCUCCGGGAACGCCUCGCGCUUCUCUCCCGCACCUUCCAGAACCAGCGGGCGAAGGUGAAGGGCGAUGCCAUGCUCUUCUCCCAUGACAUCUUCAGCAUCGAGCCCAGGGAGGGAGAUGUCUGGCCCAACUCUACAGCUGAAAUUAAUGUGAUCUUUCAACCUCGGGAAGCCAGAUUCUAUCAGCAAACUGUCUACUGCGACAUCUCAGGUCGCGCCACCAGGCUCCCGCUGCGCCUCCGGGGGGAAGGCAUCGGGCCCCGACUCCGCUUCAGCUUCGACCAGCUCGACAUCGGGAAGGUUUUCGUCAGCUCAACGCACAGCUAYGAGGCUAUCCUGUUCAACAAAGGAGCCAUCGAUGCCCUCUUCAGCGUGGACCCUCCGUCUACGGCUCUGGGCUCCUGCUUUACUUUCCACCCUUGCGAGGGCCUCAUUUUACCGGAGGAGCUCCAGGUCAUCCAGAUCUCCUUUAGGUCCACCAUCCUGGGGGAGUUCACAGAAGAAUUCCGGUUCAGCGUUAAUGGAUCCCCUGAUCCUGUGACCUUGACUAUCAGGGGCUGCGUCAUCGGACCGACUUUCCACUUCAAUGUGCCUGCCCUCCAUUUCGGGGAUGUCUCCUUUGGCUUUCCGUGCACCUUGUCCUGUUGCCUCAAUAACACAUCCUUGGUGCCCAUGACUUUCACCCUUCGCAUCCCUGGAGAUGGCCCUGGAGAGCCUAGUGUAACCAGUUGUGUUCAGAUCUUGGAUGAUACUAGGCCAUCCUGGAGAAGGGGAGUUCGAGGCCAUGUCAAGCCAACAGAAUUUAUCAUCACACCCUGCAGAGGAACCAUCCGCUCCCAGGGCCUCGUGGACAUCCAGGUCACCCUGUGCUCCAACACGGUGAAAAAAUACGAGCUGGCCCUGGUGGUGGACGUGGACGGUGUCGGCCAGGAGGUGUCGGCGCUGCUCCUCACAGCGAGAUGUGUAGUUCCYCCACUGCGAGUGCUCGACCCUGUUCUGAGGUUCGGAAGGUGCUUCCUAAAAUUUCCCUCUGGACAAACACUGACGCUCGUGAACGACAGCGAGCUGCCGGGCUGCUACGGGGUCCUGCCACAGGAGCACAAGGAUGCUGCUGCUGUGUGGUACUUCAGCCCCCUGCCUUGUGGGAUUAUUGCACCUCACAGCUCUGUGGAGAUCCCCUUUACACUGGAAGCCCAAGUCAUAGGAGAGCAAGACACAGUUGCUCACGUCGCGGUGUUUGGGAGCGAAGGAUCCCCUUUGAAGGUCCAUCUGGUGAGCACUGGGGAAGGCCCGGUUGUCUACGUGCAUCCAAACAAGGUUGACUUUGGCCAUAUCCAAGUUCUACAAGAUGUCUCCCGCAUGCUUCACCUCUCCAAUCAGACCGUCAUCCCUGCGUCAUUCAGGGCACAGAUGGCUGACAGAAGCUCACGCUGGAGGAUUGAACCCAGUGAAGGGGUAGUUCCCCCCGAGACCGAGGUGUCCGUGAGCCUCAUCGCCAACUUGGACGAUACCGAGAAGUUCAAGGACAUGGUGAAGUUGGUCGUAGAGAACAACAGCACCUAUGAGAUCCCAGUCCAGGCUGUCGGCAUCGGAACCACAAUCGUCACCGACAAACCCUUUGCUCCAGAGCUUGAUCUGGGCCCCCACUUCAGUCAGGAGCCCUGCUAUUACCGCUUCAAGAUAACGAACCGGGGCCGUCGCACCCACCAGCUCUACUGGACGACAGAAGGUUUCGCCCCRUUCCGCCAGCGGGAUCCUCUCCCCAAGGCCAAAGGCAAGAAGUCCCUGCAGAGCCCCCGACCCGCGUCGCCCGUCUUCAAGCUCCGGCCGCUACGCAUGGAGCUSGCCCCGGGCAAGACGAUGGACAUGCUGCUGCAAGGCUUCUCCAGGACUCCCCAGGUGGUGAAGGAGCGGCUGCUGUGCCACGCCAUCAUCGGCAGCAAGGCAGGGAGGAAGCAGCGGAUCAUGCAGGCGGACAUCACGUGCGAGUUCAUCGCUCCCGUGCUGCAGAUCUCCUCCAGGGAAAUCACUUUCCGGGUGGAGAAGGAAGCCRGUGAUGUCCUAACUCCUCAGUAUGAGCCUCUUGAUUUAAAGAACAUCUCUUCCUUGCCAGUCAGCAUUAUYCUGUCCUUGGAACAGCCCUUCUCCCUCUGUGAUGUGCACCAGCAACCCAUUGGGAUGGGUGGUCAGGCCAUAAAGCUGGAAAUAGGGGAGGAACUUCCUCUUUCCAUCAGUUUUAACCCUGCUUUUUACGAGGGCUUGGAUAGCUGGGUAGCUAACGCGGCCCUGAUAAUCCGGUUCGUUGAGCACUUGCGCGAGGAGCGCGUUGCCCUCCGCGGAGAGGUCUACUUCCCAAACCUUCACUUUCCCACCAUGGCCAUAGACUUUGGCUGCCUCCUGAACGACACCGAAGAYGUGCGUUACAUCGAGAUGACCAACUGCAGCCCACUCCUUGUCCGCUACGUCUGGACGUUCUUGAUGGACGGCCGUGCGAGCCAAGUGAGGUACGUGCAGCUUCCUCCUCUCCUCAGAGCUCUUCUCCUUCCCGGGCAGCACGCUUCCUUCAGUGCCAGGCAUACUUACUGGCUCUGCAGCGAGAAAUACGGCACCUCUCUGUUCACACCUUUGAUUCCAAGGGCUGYGUUCAGCCCUCCCAAACCUAAAUAUCUCCCUGAGCAGCAAUCACUGAAGGAGCAGGAAGGCUGGACAAAGGAUUCGGCCACUGUGGAGAGAGACUGCACUGUGAGACCCUCCGAGGAUGCACACAUGGAGGCGCAAGCUGAGGACAUGGGCACAGCAAGGCAUCCUGUCCAAGAGCCUGCAGGCACAAGGGGCUCCCUGGACACGGAGCUGCUUGAGUCCAACGUUAUGAGCGCUGCAAAGACUCGGAGCCUAGAGGAGAUGGAGGAACUGCUGCCAGCCAAGGAGAGCGAGCCAUUCUCCUUGGGAAUAGAGGAGGUGUUCGACAUCCUGCCGCUGUACGGCGUGCUGCAGCCCGGGGAGAGCCAGCGCGUCGCCGUCACCUUCUACGGCCACACGGACAUGGCGGCCCGCGUCACGGCGCAGUGCAGGGUGGAGGGCGGCCCGGCCUACGAGAUCGCGCUGCGCGGAGAGGCGUCGCUCAUCAGCUACGUGUUUGACACCAAGGAGAUCGACCUGGGGCUGAAGCUCUUCAAUGAGGUCUCCAAAGCGACGCUCGUCCUGCGCAACCCCGGGAAGGUGGGAUUCAAGUACACGGUGCUAAACCCCAGCACAGCCCCUGCAGCCAGCCCCRUGCCCGGCAUGCCCCUGGUCGUGCCCAGCACGGGUUAUGUUGGGUCCAGCAAGGAAGAGGUGCUGACUGUUUCCUACCUGCCUGGAGUACCUGGAGACUUCUACAGGACUUUCCAGAUCCAAGUGGGUCACCUUGAGCCAGAAAAGAUCUCCCUCAAAGGAGAGGGGGGYUUUCCCAGGAUCUACAUAGACCUUCCCAGGAACAUCAAAGGAAAUGUAAAAUAUGAGAGCCUCCUCAAGGAGGCAACAGAAGUAUUGCAAGAAGGCCCUCGGAGAGAGGAAGCGAUCAUUCUGCAGGAGGCCACGUCUGUGGAGAAGGACGUGGACUCCACGGUGAGAACUUAUGAGACCUGGCUGCUGAUGGAAGUGGAUCGGCUGCUCAUAGAGGAACAUGCCCUGAAGCAUCAGGAGGCUCUUAUCUCCUGUCCCCCGGAGGACCCUGCUGCUGGCCAGCUUGCUCGCCAGAGGCUYGUCAAAGCUCAGCUGCCCGAGUAUAUCCUGGACUUGGGCUACGUCAUUUUUGGUACUGUCCACACGCACUCCGUGAGAAUCACCAACACCGGCCGCUUUCCUGUGUCCUUCCACGCGGACGGACGGGCCCUGCGUGACACAGGUUUCAGCACGGAGCUGCAUCGCGUGAAAAACCUGCCAUUCUGUGAGACGGAAAAAUUCACCGUGCGCUUUGAUCCGCAAAGUGCCAACCUGCCCCUGGGCCAGGCAAAAGCCCUCCUGCCCAUCAAGGUCACAGGAGGACCCACAUUUCACAUAGACCUUCAUGCCAUUGUGACCGUGCCAACCCUCUGCCUCUCCCGGGACAGACUAGAGUUCUCCCCUGUCCAGUGUGGGCAGUGCCAGGAAGAAASCAUCCAGCUCCACAAUCAGUGCCACAUCUCCUGUAGCUGGAUCAUCAGUGUGACCGAGCAGGUUAAGAAGGUGGACAAACAUUUGCCAGCAAAUGUGCGUCGGAAGCUGCAGGCAGAGUUAAAGGCCAAGUCUGCUGUCUUUGAAGUGCUGCCCUUGUGUGGAAGCCUCGCACCAGGACAGCGAUGCAACCUGCGAGUGAGGUUUACGCCCACCGAAGAGAGGACCUACAGCAGCCACGUGAGGGUUAACAUCUGCAAGAGCAACGAGCACCCAGAGCUGCAGCUUGUAGGGCGGGGGCUGGAGCCGCGGCUGGAGUUCGAGCCCCCCGUGCUCACGCUGGGCCCGUUGCUGCCCUAUAGCAGUGGGGCGCAGGCCAGCGUGGUGGUGAAGAACCCCUGCGACUUCCCCGUCGAGUUCUACUCUUUGGACUUCGACCAGCAGUACCUUGCUGAGGAGGAGAUCCUGCGGACAUUGAAGGACUAUGAUUGCAACAAGACYUUGCUGCUGCCACCCCGCGCCCCAGGCGAGAAGCUACCCCCAGAGGUGCUGGAGUACUAUGAGGAGCAGAAGAGGCUGCAGGAUGAGCAGACCAAGUCCCAGCCUGUGGAACGAGCCAGUUGUGAGAACGAAAUCUCUGAAGAAAUCCAUUCUCCCUCAGAUCAAGGAGGAAAGCAUUCUGUUGGGGUGGCUCAAACUGUCUCAUCCCAYGCCUCCAUCAUUCCCUCCAACUUUUUUGAUGAAAGCAAGUUCAACAAGGUGGACUUCAAAGUGGAACGUGAAGAAGAGGAGGAGGAGGAUGUUGAGAAAAGACAAAAGCCAGGUAAUGACAGCGAGGCUGUGGGAGAGCUGGAAAACAGCCCCGUCACGAGAGCCAUCGCGCGCUACCUYGGCAUCGAUAUCUCUCCAGAAGGCCGAGCAGCCCAAAACCGSCGAGGGAUCGUCGUCAUCGUCCAUGGGGCGCCCCUGACGGGAAAGACGUCGGCAGCGCUUGUCGUGUCCGAGUACUACGGCGCUGCCUGCCUGUCCAUUGACUCGGUAGUGACAGAAGCCAUCAGCGAGAAGGCCACUGCGGCAGGACAGCAGGCCUGGGAGCUCUGUGUCAGCGCUGCAGCAGACCAGGCCACCAAGGAGGCGGAAUAUGCUGGUAAGCAAAGGCAGCACACGGACGGCGGUGGUGUCUGCCCCCACGGCGCYGAGCCCCGACCCGGCACCGACGACAGCUCGUGCGGCUCCGAGGGCCAGGCCGGCCCACGCCUCAGCUUGGGCAGCCUGGCAGGGGGCAAGGGGAAGACGGAGGGCCCCACRCUGCAACCCCUGAAACAGCCCCAAACGGACCAGGCCUCAGCCAGCCCUGUGCCCUGCCUUCCGCCACAGCAAUGUCUGCCCAUGGAAGCCAUCACAGCGGGAGAGACACCCACCAGGGCCUGCGUGCUUCCUGAGGAGCUGCUGGUGACCAUCCUCUCGGAAAGGUUACAGCUGAGUGACUGCUACCAGGGAGUGGUGUUUGAUGGCCUGGAGACCCCCUUUGCACGCAACAUGACUUCUGCUCUGCUCUGCCUGCUCAAAGCUGCCCACAACCGACCGCACAUCUAUUUUGUGAACCUGUUCCAGGAUUAUGCUGCUAUGAAAGCUAGGGAGARGGAACAAAAAGAGCAGGAAGAACGGGAGCGGAAGGAGGCUGCCAUGAGGGAGAAGGCCCGUCUCCAGGAGCUGGAUGAGGAAGGAUAUGAUGCCCUUACUGAGGAGCAGAAGUAUCAGUUUGAUAAUGAGCUGCGACAAGCCCUACGUGAGAGGAAACAGAGGGAGAUGGAGAGGCUGGCUCGAGAGCUGGAGGAAAAGAAGCUCCAGCAGGAGCUAGAACGCCUCAAGGAGGAGGAAGAGCUGAAGAAGAAGACAAAGCGGGGGAAGAAAGACCCUGGAAAAGAAAAAGACUCGGGGAGGAAAAGCCAGUUGGGAAUCAAGCAGGGUGUGAACGUGUCCAGCAGCCGCUCGGAUAACAAGCUUAACGAAGGGGACGACAGGAGGGGCUCUUCAAAGGAGCGCCCAGACUCAGCUUCAAGUGACAAGGAAGAGAAGAAGAAGAGGAACAAGACUAGCCAGGCAGAUGCCCGCCCAGUGGUGACUAUGUCACCUGCAGAGCAAGAACAGGACAAAACCGAGAAGCAGGCACAGAGCGACGCUGAGAAGAGCUUGGUCCAGAGGUUCAAGCUCUACGAGGCCUCCCAGAAGGGCAUCGCUCAUAUUUUGUCAUUCUGGGACCGAGCUCAGGGUGUCCUACUUUCCCCUUUGGACUUGGACGACAUCCAGCCUGAAGCAGAAGAGCAGCGACAGCCUUCAUCCAGCCGCAAGAGCCGGAAGGACAGGGAGAGGGAGCGCCAGGAGAAGGAACGGCUGGAGAAGGAGCGCCAGGAGAGGGAACGCCUGGAGAAGGAGCGACUGGAAAAACUGAAAGCGCUUGAGGACUCCAAGUUCCCUGGGCAGGAAAAGGAAGAAGAGUCAGGCAAAGAGCAGGAUACCAGGGUGCCCUGCUUGGAAAUCCAGGUGCUGAGCUCAGAAGAAGCCAGUGGGAAGAGGAUCUUGGAGAGCGGCAAGCUGCCUGAUGUAGCUCAGAUCCUGGAUAGCCUGGGCCUGGGUCCCUCGGGGCCUCCCAUUCCUCCUCCUGCUUUUUACUCUGUGAUCCACUACCCAGAGAAGCGGACUGCCCUUGCAGUGGAUGAAGCCUUCGAGCACUUCAUCUUUGUUGCACCAGAAGGUGCGACUGCAGAGGAAGAAAAGAAGGAAACGGAGAGUCUUGUGGAUUGUCCCCUUUCUUUCCCCCGUGGUAUUAAGGCACCAGAGGAGCAGGUCACCCCAACCCGAGGCCGAACAAGGAAGGAGAAAGCGGAGGGUGGACGGGAGUCUUCCAGGGACAAGCGCAGCAUGGGCCGGAGCAAGAAGGGCUUGCAGGCCCCGGCGUCAGCAGCGCCAUCUCGUCAGGCCGAUGUGGACCAAGGCAGCGUCAGCAGGGACCCAUCCGCAGGGAGGCUCAUCCGGCUGACCAACUUCCGGUGGAUCGUGCCGGCCCAUGGGGAGGUUGUCCUGAAGAUCCACUUCAGCUCGGUCGUACUGGGCCAGUUUGACCAGACGUACAGAUUUGAGAUCCUGGGCACRCGCCGCCUCUACCAGCUCUUCUGCCGGGGCAUCUGUGUGUAUCCCACCAUCUGCCGGGACCCCCGGGUGGUAUUUCCUCACCGAAGGAAAACCAAGGGCUGCGACAACAUUGUCUUCAAGCAGUACGUCAUGGACACAGGCGUGUUCCACUUCGGGCCGCUGCUCUGCGGGAAGUCCCGGCAAUGGUACAAGGCGCUCCGCUACCCCAGUAACUGUGAGAAGAUAACCAUCCUCAACGUCACUCCCUUAGAAGCAGAGGUGCAUUUCUUCCUGGAGGACGAUGCCAACGCGGACACGUUUAUCUUUGAGCCUCCCCASAUGACCCUGAAAGCCAAUGAGAAGCAGGAGCUGACCCUCUGGGCUUACCCCACUUCCUCGGGCACGGUGGAGGACAACCUUGUCUGCUGCAUCAAGGACAACCCCGAGCCCGUGGUCUUCCGCCUGUGCUGCCAAGGAGUGAAGCUGGAGCUGGGCCUCAGCUGCAAACUGCUGCAUUUUGACAAGCUGCUUCUGCACAGGAAGGACACCAAGACACUGGUCCUGCAAAAYAGCACCCCGCUGCCUGCGGUCUGGAGGCUCAGUGGGGUGGACAGCCUUGGUGAGGAUUUCUCUGUGUCCCAAGACCACGGCGUCGUUGGCCCCUAUACGAAGUUUAAGCUGCAGAUACGUUUCAAGGCCUCAAAGGCUCUCAAUGUGAAGAAGACCAUCCGACUGGAGGUUUCAGAUGCAGAAAACAUCCUGGGGAUUGUUCAGGUUGAAAACAUCCAAGUCCUGGCGGAGGCCUAUGACGUUGCUCUGAACAUCAGCUUUCCCAAAGGUCAGCAGAGUAACCUGGAUUUUGGGAUCCUUAAAGUGAUGGAUGAAGCAAAGACAACGCUGAAUCUGAAAAACAAGGGGAAGUAUGAGCUUGCCUACAACUUCAUACUGGAUGCUGCGGGCACCAACAUCCCUGACUUGGCCACGCACUUCACCGUGCAGCCACCGAAGGGGGUGCUGGCUGCCUCCGAGCGCCCAGCGCAGAUCCAGAUGCUCUUCCACCCCAAGAGGGAGAUCAAAAUCGAGGACAAGCCUAUCCUGAAAUGCCAGCUGAUUGAGCCCAGCCUCAGUGAAGGAGAGACCAUCGCCAUGAUCCCGGUGAGGGUAUCGGCCAACGCUCUCUACACCAAGUACAACAUUUCCCCUGCCUCGUUCAUCAACUUUGGCCCCAUGAUGAGUGGCACCAAGAAAAGCUGCACCUUCAUGCUGGAGAACACUGGUGUCCUCGAUUUUAAAUUUCUCAUCUCCAAAACAAUCCGGGAAGUGCCUGUCUUGCCACGGAAAGGCAUCUCUGCAGUGAAGUACACCCACUCGCACGAAAGCGAGAKCUUCAACAGAAACCUCGCUGUGAGGCAAAGCAAGCAAAUUGACUAUCUGCAGAAGGACGUGAACCCCGUUACGCAGGCUCGCAUCACUUCAGGCACGUUCACGGUGUACCCUGGCUUUGGGUCCAUUGCUCCUGGGGGCCAUCAGGCAAUCACGGURGAUUGCUGCGCAGAUUCCCUGGGGAUAUGUGAAGAGUACCUGUCCAUCGAUAUCAGCGACAGAGAUCCCAAGGACAGUCCCCUUGGGAUCCCCUAUACCCUGAUUGCUGAAUCCUGCUUUCCAGCAUUCGUGGUUGAUGACAUAGCAUCCAUCUUUGAGGAGCAUCGUAUCUGCAGCAACACCAACCUCUGCCACAUCCUGCAGACGGUGGAAGACAAGGGGGUAUUUGUCACAGAUGAGAACACAUUCAUCUUCACCAAUGUUCUGGUUGGACACCAAGCUGCAGCUCGCUUCAAGAUCUGUAAUGUGGAUAAAAUCGCUUGUGAAGUGGUUCUUUCCAUCAAACCCAUCCCCAGUAAGCUUAGCACCUCUACUGCCGACGUCUUUGAGGUGGAUCCCGUGCGGAUGUGCGUGUCCAGCCGCUCCCACGCUUUUGCCACGGUGACCUUCACACCACAGGCAAUGCAGAACUACCAGUGCACUUUUGAGGCUUCCCUUGAUGUCCCAACGAGCUCCCCAGCGUUUAAACCACAAAGUCUGACGUUCACCAUCAGCGGUGACGGGAACCUGCCCCGGGUGACCAUCCUGCGCCCGGUCCUUCACAACAGGAGGGGAAACCCUCUGCUGCUCUUCAGGAAGCUGCUGCUGGGUGAUUCGGAGAAACUCCCUCUGAUCCUUCAGAACAGUGGCAUCAUACCUGUCCAGGUGCUGAUAGAUCUGUUGGAUGAAGAGGGCGUUUUCUCCCUGAAAGCCAGGCCUACCACGCACUGCAUCUACCAGGCUUCAGACUCCAACCCUGGCUCUGCUGAAGAAGGGAGGAAACCUCACAGUGCUUCCCUGCUCUUGCGUCAUGAGGAGUCUGCAGAGUUUGAUGUGAUUUUCACACCCAACUUGACCCAGCGUGUGGAAGGGAGGAUCCGUCUGUCUGUAGUGGACAACCCUUAUGAGGAGACCAACAUUCUGCUAGUGGGUGAAGGCUACCAGGAUGACUUCACGCUCGAUAACAUCCACGGGCUGGUGGCAGACAGCAACGAGGAAGYCACAGAGGGCAACAUGGAGGAAGACUUAAUUGAGGCUGCCAGAGUGGAUCACAUCCAGUUUGGGGGCUGUCAUGUUGGGGCACCAUAUCAGGUGACCUUCACCAUCACCAACCACAGCAACUCGGAGGCGAUGCGGUUCGAGUGGCUGGCAGGCCCCCCCUUCCACUUCUCCCCCCAGGUGGGACACCUCCAUGCUGGCUGUGCCAAGGACAUCACAGUGACGUUGAAGUCGGAUGUUGCGGUCACCUUCMAAAUGCACACUGUGAAGUGUAAGGUGGCUAGGAUCACCUUCCAGCUGCCAGCAGACCAGGUUCCUGACUGGGAUGACCGCCUGCACACUGUUAAAUGGGUAGAUGCCACGAGGGGCACCAUGCGGCCUAUCAAGAAGAAGGUGAUAGAGACAGACCCGGAGCCAGCUCACGCCGUCGUGGAUGAAAGCAUCCGUGAGGUGGAACUUCACCUCAGUGCUGUUGUCGAUUAUGCCGAGUUCAAGCUGGAUACAGACACGAUUCAGUUCAAGGAGACCUUGCUYUUCCAGACGAGGACAUUCACCUUCCCACUGUUAAACACAGGSCAUGUGGCCCUGGAAUACACCUGGAUGGCAGACGUGGAGGAUAAAAGAGCAGUCAGCUCUACUGGGGAACUGUUCCUGACCAGUCCUGAAAGAGACAUUCGCUCCUCCACAUCUAGUGCCUAYGUGAAGCUCCAGACCAGCCGUUGUUCCAGCCAGCUCAGCUGCUCCUCUGAGCAGGUCUCCUCCUCGCCGUGUUCCUCCUUGAGCAUCGUUGACACCAGGCCCCAGUUCACUGUCGAGCCCUGCAGUGGCACCAUCCCUGCUGRUCAGGAACAGCUCUUCCAGAUGAAAUUCUCUCCGGUGGACGUGGGCGAGUUUGAGGGCUGUAUGUUCUGCAGCAUUCCUAAUCUGAAGCCAAACCAGAAGGGCCCAGAAGUGGUUGUGAGGGGGAAAAGCCUCCUGCCACGUUGCCACUUUGAACUGGAAGACUCGGACUACAUCACUGCCAACAGACGCAACCCAGACUUGCGGGGACCCAAGGGGACAACGUUAGAUCCCAAAACAAGAGUGAUUGAGUUCUCAGCAGUUGGGAUUUGUAGCCGGAGCAGCAGGGCCUUCAUGCUUAUGAACCCAACCAGCUCCACAUACUCCUUCCAGUGGACUUGCCAAGACCCAGAAGCGCCAAAAGAGCAACCAGCUUUCUCCUGUCUCACAGAGAGAGGUCAGAUCCUGCCAGAGAAGAAAGUAGAGAUCAAGUUUGAAUUCAUCCCUCAGCACCUGGACAUCACAGAAUCAUUCUGGCUCUUCACAAUCCCUGAGCAGAGCAUCUCGAUCCCCUUCCUGCUGGUGGGCCAUGCCACCGACCCGUUAGUGUCUCUGGACAGGUCCCACCUGAACUUCCACUCGCUCUUAGUGGGGCAUGAGAUGUACCAGACAAUCCACAUGAUCAACAGUGAGAAGGAGGCCUUCAGCUUCACUUUCAGAGAAAGCUCCUUCUUCCCCGAGGCCUGCAACGCCUGCUUGAAUGUAGAGCCCCGGCAAGGCUCCAUCGCGGCCCUUUCAAGGUGUCCCAUCACAAUCUCCUUCAUACCAGUUCUGGAAGGAGAGGUGGUCUUCAACCUCAUAUGUGAUGUCAAGAGGAAGCCCCUGCCCCUCUCCUUGAACAUCAAGGCCACCGCCUAUAGCACAAAUGUGUGUGUGAGGUUUGAGGACAGAGAGGGCUGCGUUGCAGAGCUCAGCGCGCAGGAGAUCAACAUCAUUAACUUCAGGAAGGUGGAGUUAAACGAAAACAUUCAAAAUAUCUUUACCAUCAGCAAUACUGGGAAGCUGAGCUUCACGUUCUCCUGGGAACUCAGCAGCCCUCCAGCACAGAAGCAGUUCCUCACCAUUACCCCUCAGACGGGCACUGUGGAGGCCGAGGGGAAAGCAGAGGCUCUGCUGACUUUCCACCCGCGGAAGAUCUGCUCCAUAAAGAACGUGGGGCUGACGCUGCAGAUCAGCAAGGGCCCCAAAUUUGUCUGCGUGUUGCUGGCCACCGUGGUGGUGCCCACCGUCUGCUUCUCCUCCACCAAGCUCAAUUUUGGCACUUGCUUCGUCUACCACGCCGGGAUGCCACCGGCCCAGCAGACCCUCGUCAUCACGAACAAGGCGGACAAGGAUGUCAGCUUGAGCUGCUUGUUCACCAGCACCCCACACCUGGAGGUGGAUUUCCCGGGCUACACACUAGCCCCAGGAGGGACGGUGGAGGUGCCCAUCACUUUCUACCCCAGAGAGGCUGUGUCCUAUCGUGAGCUUGUCCCUUUUGAAAUCAAUGGUCUUUCCCAGCAGACCGUUGAAGUCCAAGGAAGGGGCACAGAAAUGAAGGUUGACGUUGUAGAACCGCAACGGAAGGUGGUGAAGUUGGGAGCCCUCUCCGUCGGGCAGACGGUGAAGAAGACUGUCACCAUAGCCAACAACAGUGCUGCCCCUCUCACUUUUCAACUCCAUUUCAUACACACCGUGCCAGAGUUGCAAGAAGCUGGGGUUCUUUGCUUGAACCCCUGCAGUGAAGUAAGUCUGAAGCCCAAAGGAGAUACCUGUAAAGUGGAGGUCAUCUUCUCCCCCAAGCGCCGCGUGCUGCCGUUCAAUGAAGAAGUAACCCUGGAGUGCUAUGGCCUGGUGCGCUCGCUCUUCAUGGUGCAGGGCUCCUGCCAGGGCAUCGAUGUGAACCUGGACCGAGAGUACAUCAACUUCGGAGCAGUGUUGCAGCACAGCCGCACGAGCCAACGCAUCCUCAUGCAGAACACAGGCGACAUAGGAGUCAGGUUCAAGUGGGACAUCAAGAGCUUUAAGCCAUGUUUCUCCAUCAGCCCCGUGAAGGGUUACAUCUCCCCAGGAAUGGACAUCCCUCUGCUUGUGACCUUCCACCCCUGCAAGCCGGGCCAGGCUAUCCAGUACGAUGGCCUGAAGUGCUUCAUCCCGGGCAGUGAGCCGCUCCGGGUGACGCUUUCAGGAUGCUGCGUGGAGGUCUCAGCCUCCAAAGAGACGCUGAACUUCACCUGUGACGUGCGCGAGAAGCAAAGCCAGACCAUCCUCCUGUCCAACCCGAGCAACGAGGCCUGGACCAUGCAUCCCRUCAUCGAAGGGCAACACUGGGAAGGGCCCGAACUUUUUCAUCUAGAGGCCGGUCAACAAAACAAGCCCUACGAAAUCACUUACAAGCCCCUCACCAUGACCUCCGAGAACAAGAAACAUCAGGGCUCCAUCUUCUUCCCCUUACCAGAUGGGACGGGUUUACAGUACUUCCUGCAGGGCACUGCUGAGGCACCAAAGUGUUCGGGCUCUAUUUUCCGGGAGGUACCGUGCAGGACUUCCCACACGGAGCUCAUCCCUGUCUCCAACUGGCUGAACAGACCACAGAGGUUCCUUGUGGUAGUGGACAUACUGAAGCCCGAAAAGGUGGAAAGCAGCUCCGUGCUGCAGGGGCUGGAGUACAUUGAUGUGCCCGGCUGCAGCCAGAAAGACUACAAGCUCACGUUCCUCUCUUACAAGGAAGGGCUCUUCAACACGAUGGUGACCUUCCUCAAUGAGGUGACCGAGGAAUACUUGUUCUACYUGGUCACCUUCAAAGCUACGGCUUCGGGCCCCAUCAGCACUAUCGAAGUCGUGGCCCCUAUUCGGGAGAGUGUGUCCUCAUCCAUCAGGGUGAGCAACCCUCUGUCCAUCCCAGUGACGUUUGCCACCGAUUGCAAAGUGCCCGACAUCAGUGUUCCCUCACAGUUCACUGUUCCUGCUUUGUCAGAGACCAGCCUUGUCUUUGAGUAUCAGCCCUUGAAAGUUGGGGAGAGCACUGGGCACCUGGUGCUCCAGAGCAGCGACUUGGGCUCUUUCUGCUAUGACCUGAACCUGAAAGCCACCGCCAGCAGGCCUGAGAAGCCACUCUACUUCUGCACUGCAUUGGGCUCUAACCAGACCCUGACCGCCAAAUUCAUCAACUAUAUCCGACAGAAGACAGACUAUGUCCUUCAGCUGGACUGUGCCGAUUUCCAAGUGGAGAAGACCCUCAGCGUGGCUGCGGCCAGCGUGGGGGGCUCGGAGGUGAGCGUGGAGGUAACCCACGAGCCGAGCCGCCUGGGCGAGACGCGGGCCACGCUGCUGCUCUCCUCGCCGCUCGGUGGGGACUACAGCAUCCCGCUCUUCGGCCUCGCCGUGCCGCCCAAGCCRCAGGGCCCCUUCCAGAUCCGCGCCGGCUCCAGCACCUCCAUCCCCUUCAAAAACGUCUUCUCGGAGCACGUGACCUUCCGCUACGAUGUGGAGAACGCGGCGUUCGCCGUGCGCGCCACCGAGCACCUGCGCCCCAAGAAGAGCAUCUUCAUCACGGUCUCCUUCGAGGGGAGCCCCGGCGGCAGCCGCGCGCCCGUCACCAGCCGCCUCGUGGUGUCGUGCGCGCAGGCGGGCGCCGUCUCCUGGGUGUACUACCUGCGCGGCGUCACCCCUGAGCGCUGA